AUGCCGGGAGGCGUCGCUCAUCCCGGUCACUACGGACCACCACAACCUGCUCAGGGUGAAUGGAUAAGCGCUCCGACGGCACCAGUCAAUUGUCCGCCCGGUUUAGAGUACUUGACAGCAAUCGACCAGUUAUUAGUCCAUCAAAAAGUUGAAUUACUUGAAGACACUGAUUGCUGUACCCGUAACUGUUGCGGUCCUUACAGACCGUUUGAUAUGAAAAUAUUAGAUAACACUCAACGAGAAAUCAUUCAUCUGUACAGACCUUUGAGAUGUUCCUCGUGUUGGUGUUUCUGUUGCCUUCAGCGUCUGGAAGUGAUGUCACCUCCGGGUCAUGUAAUCGGUUAUGUGGUUCAGGAGUGGAGUAUUUUAUUCCCUAAAUAUCGUAUUGAAGACGCGAACGGAGACACUGUUCUUCGUAUUGAAGGCCCGUUUUGUACAUUCAGUAUCUGCGGAGACGUCGAGUUUCAGGUGACAUCAGUUGAUGGCAAACAACAGGUCGGAAAGAUCACCAAACAGUGGUCCGGUUUGGCCCGAGAGAUGUUCACCGACGCCGACAACUUUGGCAUAUCUUUCCCUUUGGAUUUAGACGUCAACAUUAAAGCCGUGCUUUUGGGCGCGUGUUUUCUCAUUGAUUUCAUGUUUUUUGAGAAAAGUGGCAACAAAGAGAACGAUCGACCUGGCAUGUUUUAAACCUAUUGUCAUCCACACAAUUAUGAUCAUGUUACUUUUGUUCAAAUGCUUUUUUGUCAUCAAAAAACUAUUGCAGUAAAACAUCGAUGUAGUCAAUUG